UCGCAUUAGAUGAGUAGCACCGUCGUAUGUCUAUUGUAGCUAUAUAGCUAGCUAGGUAAUUAGUUGAUGAGUAGUUAAUGUGAUAAAAAAAAAUAAAAAUCGAAGUUUACCGAACCAUUAAAUUGUCAAUUUCAAUAAAUAAACAUAAAUGAAUAUGCACGCUCUGGAAUCAACUUUCAACAAACUUUAAACCAAGAAAAAAUAGGAAGUCACAUAAACCUAUCUAGAAUCCACGCGAUUCGUGAAAUAUCGAAGCUGUAUCGUACAAUAUUGUGCACGAUACCUUUUGCGACACGUGGCCUUGGCAGGCAACACAAAACGUCAAUGAAAUUUAAUAUUCCAAAUCCGAUAACCCAGUUAUCGUAAGGUUUGCAUAAAAAGCUGUGCUGUGAGCACUCGCUAUCCCUCCAAGGCGAAUAGUACCGUUUCCCCGUCCGCCGCCGCCGCACCGCUUCAGCUCUGAAAAUGGCAAUUGAAAAGUACUGAUAGUUUAGCGCACGGGAUAGUUAUAACAUGAGUUUAUUUGUUGAUUUGCGACAAAUCAACUCUUCCGUAACAAAUCUUUCAGAGAUGGUUGACAAGAUAGCGUCAAGUAAAGAAAAGCUAGCGAACGAUAUUCCAAGAAAAGAAGAUUCAACAUUCUUCAGCAGUUCAAUUUACAAACCGACAACUCUUGGUUUUGGAGUUCGUUUCUCUAGCCAAGAAGACAUCUACCGUAAGUUGCCAUCAUCUCGACUGCACAGUCAUAUGUCUUUACCUAAUUUGGGUAAAGCUGAUACCAGCUUUGAAAAAAAUUCAUCACGACUUGACGAUAGACCCAAAAUAAUUGAAUUAGACGAAGAAAAAAGUUAUAAAAGCAGUAAAUCCACUAUACAAAUUUCAACAGAGAACCUCAACGAUUGGAUAGUAGCGUCUAUUAACAAGCGACCGCAUUUUGAUGAUAACGGUGAUACGCAUCCUAUGGAUUUCAUAGAAAACAUCAAAUACUAUAUAUCAGAAUUGAAAAUGUUGGAGGAGAAACAACUUCCGUUUAUAAUUUCCUGCUUGGAAGGAGUACCACUAAUGUGGACGCGAUGCUUCCGAAACGAAUUCAAAGACGUCGAAAGUUUUUACGCGGCAUUCGAACAAGAAUUUUGGGGACCAGAUCGUCAGAAAGCUGUGUUGUACGACUUGAAACUGGGGAAAUAUGAUGAAAGCGAUUCUCGGAUGAGCAUGUCAGAAUAUUUUCUGCACAAAGUAUCCAACUAUCGUCACUUGACACCCCCGCCUUCCGAUUUGGAAAUAGUAUAUUCGCUCGCAGCACAUUUCCCAACAGCCGUAGAGCUGGAGCUACGGCUGACUCCGAAGCCUACGCUUCGAGACGCAUACCGCGUGCUACGCCGUAGAGAAGGCGAGUCAGCGGACUUCCUUCCAAAUUACCUAUACGAUAUGUGCGAGGCGUUCCACCGCGGACAACGACCAGAAACUUCAAGACGAUCUGAAAAAUUAAACGUUCAAAAUGUAGAUUCGAAAGACAAAAAAAUGUAUUAAAGACUUUUAAUUUUUUUAAGCGUUAGCGAACAUUUGACACUGCCAUUUCAAUAAAUUUAACAAAUAAAUUAUGUGAUUUUUUUAAAUAAAACUUUUAAUCAAGAAUACUCAAUUGUACUUACGAAUAAUGAAAUAAAUAUUAAACGUA